AUGGCAAAUGUAGUUUUUAGCCGGGCUCUAGAGCGUGCUGAUACCGCUCCUGUUCCAGAUUACCGUCAAUGGGAGCUGUCGUUAAUGGACUUGGACGCGAAUACGUUAGUAGAGCUCCGGGGUUUAGGGAAGCACACACGUCUUCUCCUGGUUCAGAAGCAGACGAGCGACAUCUUGAACUGCCAGCUGGAUGACGUGGAAUCUCUGCUUCUCGGGUCCCAAGACAAGCUCAAGACUCCCCAGGAUGAGGUCGUACACUUGUACACGAAGCUUGAUGAAAUCCAGCGGAGAGAAAUCCAUCCAAUGGUUCAUCAUGAUGACGAAAUCUGA